GACUGACACCUAAAGAUCUUGAUUUUGUAGUUUACUUAGAGGAGAAAGGAAAAGUCCCUGAAUGGUGUUUGAAUUACGAGGAUAUGAGUAAAUUAAGAGAAGAAUAUAUUAAUGGAGAGAAAAUAAGAGAAAAUGUUGAAGAAGACAAAAGUAGUGUUAGUGCAUCUAAUACAAGCAAGAUUGAACUAAAAAAACAAACAAAAUUUCCAGCAACUCAUCCUAUCACCGAACAAACUAAUCUUCAACCUCCACAACCAGUUUUAUUAAAGCCAGAUAAGAAUUCUUCUCAACCGCUAACAGCAGAGCAAAAUCAAGUUUCUGAUGUUCAGUCCGAACAAGUAGCAGAACCAGAAUCAGUUGCACAGAUAGAAACAAAUAAUAACUGCUUAUGA